AUUCUGUUCACUCUUUUGGUUUCAGUCAAUGAUUAAAAAAAUUUGUCAUGCCUACAUGGCCAUGCUUGUUAAAUGCUGGUGCUUUAGGCAUAACAUAACUGUCUUGUGGCAACACUUGACAUGAAAGUCUACUAGAAGAUACAUGCACUGUUGAAAAAUAAGCUAGGUUAUAUUUUGAAAAUAUUUCCAUGUUAGGAUAUAGCCGGAUUUAAUUGUUUUCAGGUGGGAAGCGGCCUUGUUCCAAAAACAUGACAACAAUUCUCAAUCUUUAAUGAUGCACCUCAAAGCUUGCUGUAUGAAAUGCUUCGAUCAACCAAAGCAAAGGACUCAAAAGCAGCAUGGAAGGUACUCAUCAUGGAUAAAUUUACUGUCAAAAUCAUGUCCUAUUCUUGCAAGAUGGCAGAUAUUACAGAUGAAGGAGUUUCAUUGGUGGAAGACCUUUACAAACGAAGGCAGCCAUUGCCUUCAAUGGACGCUAUAUAUUUUAUUGAGCCAUCAAAAGAAAAUGUUGUUAUGUUCCUAUCAGACAUGUCUGGGAGAAUUCCAUUAUACAGAAAGGCAUAUGUAUUCUUCAGUUCUCCUAUACCUAAGGAACUAGUGUCUUACGUUAAGAAUGACACUAGUGUGAUACCCCGCAUAGGUGCAUUAAGUGAGAUGAAUUUGGAGUACUUUGCUAUUGAUAGUCAGGGCUUUGUCACUGACCAUGAGAUGGCCUUGGGGGACUUAUUUGGUGAAAAUGUGGAAAAAUCUCGCAAGUACAAUGAUUGCAUAAACAUUAUGGCCACUCGCAUAGCUACUGCAUUUGCUUCUUUGAGGGAAUUUCCUUUUGUGCGCUACCGUGCUGCCAAAUCUUUAGAUGCUUCUAGUGUGACCACAUCACAUGAUUUAGUUCCUACAAAAGUUGCUGCUGCUGUUUGGAAUUGUAUUUCCAAGUAUAAAUCUACAAUUCCUGAUUUUCCCCAGAAAGAGACAUGUGAACUACUUAUUGUUGACCGAUCUAUAGACCAGAUUGCACCCAUCAUCCACGAAUGGACUUAUGAUGCUAUGUGCCAUGAUUUACUAAAUAUGGAUGGGAACAAAUAUGUAUAUGAGAUACCAAGCAAAACAGGAUCAGCACCUGAGAAAAAGGAGGUCCUUUUGGAAGAUCAUGAUCCAGUCUGGCUUGAACUUCGGCAUGCACAUAUAGCAGAUGCCAGUGAAAGGUUACAUGACAAGAUGACCAACUUUGUUUCAAAGAACAAAGCAGCUCAACUUCACCAAAGCUCAAGAGAUGGUAGCGAGAUAUCAACCAGGGAUCUGCAAAAAAUGGUUCAAGCUUUGCCACAAUACAGUGACCAGAUUGAGAAACUUUCCCUCCAUGUAGAGAUUGCAGGAAAAAUAAAUAAGCUGAUUAGAGAUACAGCACUUCGAGAUAUUGGGCAGUUGGAGCAAGAUCUUGUCUUUGGAGAUGCAGGAGCAAAAGAAGUGAUUAAUUUUCUGAGGACAAAGCAGGACGUCAGUCCCGAAAAUAAAUUACGGUUGUUGAUGAUUUAUGCAGCUGUUUCUCCAGAGAAGUUUGAGGGUGACAAAGGGGUAAAGUUAAUGCAGCUGGCAAAACUAUCAUCAGAUGAUAUGAAUGCUGUAAACAACAUGAGAUACCUAGGAGGAUUAGCUACCAAAAAGACAUCAGGAGGGAGUAAAUUCUCUUUGAAAUUCGAUACGCAGAAGAAAAAUAAUGCAGCUAGGAAAGAGCGUGAUCAGGAGGAAACAUGGGCCCUAUCACGCUUUUACCCCAUGAUAGAGGAGCUGAUCGAAAAACUUAGCAAAGGCGAAUUACCACAGAAUGAGUAUCCAUGCAUGAAUGACCCAAGUCCUACUGUUCAUGGAACAUCACAGACAGCGUCGAUCCGGACAACUCAAUCCCAGCCUGCCAACUCUGUGAGAUCCAGGCGGACUGCCACAUGGGCUAGGCCUCGCAGUUCUGAUGAUGGGUAUUCAAGUGACUCCGUACUGAGGCAUGCAUCUAGUGAUUUCAAGAAGAUGGGCCAGCGUAUAUUUAUUUUUAUCAUUGGUGGAGCCACUCGAUCUGAGCUUCGGGCAGUUCAUAAGCUCACGUCAAAACUGAAGAGGGAAGUCAUCCUUGGAUCUUCUAGUCUCGAUGAUCCCCCCCAGUUCAUUACUAAACUGAAGCUACUGACUGCUCAAGAACUUUCGGUGGAUAACCUUCGUAUUUAGCUCUGCACCACAACACUGCAGCAUAUGAUUUAUUAUUUGAUGGUUUAUCAGCACAGGUUGGUGUUGUCCUGUCAUGAUGAUCUCGAACACUCUCUCAUAUUGAUUUCUUAUCAUUUUUUGUUUAAUGAAUUAUGCCAAACUACAUCAUGGCCAUAAUUUGCAUUAAAGCUUGUUGGCAGAGAGUUUUUCUAUCAUCCGCCACUUAAUACAUUCAGCCUUUGGUUA